AGUUGAAAUGGAUAUUUAUCAUACUACUGUUAAUGAAUUUUCUGCUUUGGGGCAAAUAUAUGAAUGGUGGAACAUUACAAGUGUUAGAGUAUUGUAUGUUUGGGAGGACAUGGAAAACAACAGGAUGCUCUUGUGGAUGAUAGAUCGCCAGAGAGAAAAAAUAUUAGCAAUCAUACCUCGCCAUUUAGUGCCCGGAUAUCGAAACAUGAAUCUGAAAGGAAAUGUAUUCUCUGUGCAACAUUUCCAAGUUGAUGAAUACCAUUUGGACAAUCAAUUGGAUAUCCACUUUAUCCAAUUGUGUCUACUGUCACAACUGUUUGCACAAGAUCAUACAAAUAAAAGAAGGCUUGUUGAUGUGGUUGGAAGAAUAGUAUGGGGAAAUCGAAUCAGACAGCUGCGAUCAUUUGAGUUAAUUCUCCAAGAUGAGACGGGGAACGUAACAAAGUUAUUGUUGUAUAACGUACCAGCAAACCUUAUGAUUAAGGUUAUUGUUGCAACAUACAACAAAUCCAUACUCUAUGUUUCUUGCAUGAAGCUGGUCCACAACAAUUUGGGUCAGUUAAAAAUAUGA